AAUACUUAGAGGACUUAUCAUAGGGACUUAGUCAUACUUCAUAUAGGCAUAAGCCACGAUUCAGCUUUUUGAGAUUCAAACAUGGCGAAGAAAAAUGACACUUGGGAGACUUUCAGAGAAAAAAUGAAGGACAAGCGGUGUAAAAAAGCACAAACUGCCGUAAAUAAUAAAGGGUUGAGUGCAGGGGACCAAAUUGUACGUAAUGGGGAACUUGUUGUUCAAAGACUAAGUUCUGAAGUAUCGGGAAAAGCUCAAAAAUACAGUCGGAUUGGGGCACGUGAGUUUGUCCCAUUUAACGAAGAAGAAGUCAGUAUUCGUGCAAUCAAAGCGGCAUGCGAAAGACAUUACAAGUCCCUAUCGGGAGAAGGAUUGAUCUGUGAUGUGUUAGCCGGCGACCAAGGGCCUUCUUGUCUAUCGAUGGAACAUGUUCCUGACUUAAAAGUAGUACAUGUAAGGUUCAUCAAGCCACAAAAAAUGAAUGCUCGGCCGUCUACUUCGUCUGUGAGUCGUAUAUCCCAAGAUAUCAUGGGAGGCGAAAACCCUGCAUUCAGCUUCAUGAGCGACUGCAUUCAAUUUAGAGAGAGUCCUGAUAAAAGGAAGAUUAAAAGUGAAAGAUGUUCAUCAAGCCCUGCAAAACGACCUGCCCCCAAAAGCUUAACCAUAUCUGAAAUGGUCAAACUUGGAAAGCUAAUAAAGCCUGAUGUCGCUGAUACAACCACCAGAAUGAUAAUUGAUGUGUUCAGCUUUGAAUUUAGCAGUUUAUCAUGGUCUGUACUCCCACAAGUUGUGGAAUUUACUGUUGAAAAUUCUGUACUGGGAGAAGGUGGUUUCCGCAAAGCGUACAAAGCUAGAAGCAACACAGCUGGUUUUGUAGGCAAAGAUUGGGUCAUAAAGAGGUACUUAGAAAAAACUGUCAGGCGAGGUAACAAAUGA